CUCCAUCCACGCCGUCCCGCUCGCAUGAGACCGUUUUCCCCGCCGCUGGCGCCCCCCUCCCCGCGCCCGUGGUGAUGCCAUGCCCCGCAACCACGGGGGAGGAGAUGAGGGCGGCUCCGCCGGGCUCUGGCUGAAGAGCAGCGCGGCAGCGGGCGGGGGGCGCCUGGCUACGGGCAUGAAGGAUGUGGAGGCGGGCCGGGGCCGCGUGCUCCUGAACUCGGCUGCCCGCGGAGACGGCUUGCUGCUGUUGGGCACCAGCGCCGGCGCGCUCGGCGGCGGCGGCGGCGGCGGUGGCGGCUUCAGGGAGAACCGCCGGGCGAAGCACGGAGCCCGAAUGAGCCUGCUGGGGAAGCCGCUGGCUUACAACAGUAGCCAGAGCUGCAGGAGGAACGUCAAGUAUCGGCGGCUGCAGAAUUAUCUGUACAACGUACUGGAGAGACCCCGAGGGUGGGCGUUCAUCUACCACGCGUUCGUUUUUCUCCUUGUCUUUGGUUGCUUGAUUUUGUCAGUGUUUUCUACCAUUCCCGAGCACACAAAAUUGGCCUCUAGUUGCCUCUUGAUUCUGGAGUUUGUGAUGAUUGUUGUCUUCGGUUUGGAAUUCAUCAUCCGUAUCUGGUCGGCUGGUUGCUGCUGUCGCUACAGAGGAUGGCAAGGAAGAUUGAGAUUUGCCAGGAAGCCAUUCUGUGUUAUAGAUACCAUUGUUCUCAUCGCUUCAAUAGCAGUUGUUUCUGCAAAAACUCAGGGUAAUAUUUUUGCAACAUCUGCACUCAGAAGUCUUCGUUUCCUACAGAUCCUCCGCAUGGUGCGUAUGGACCGAAGAGGAGGAACUUGGAAAUUAUUAGGUUCAGUUGUCUAUGCUCACAGCAAGGAAUUAAUCACAGCUUGGUACAUAGGAUUUUUGGUUCUUAUUUUUUCAUCUUUCCUUGUCUACCUGGUGGAAAAGGAUGCAAAUAAACAGUUUUCUACUUAUGCAGAUGCUCUCUGGUGGGGCACAAUUACAUUGACAACGAUUGGCUACGGAGAUAAAACUCCCCUAACUUGGCUUGGAAGAUUGCUUUCUGCAGGGUUUGCCCUCCUUGGCAUUUCUUUCUUUGCGCUACCCGCUGGUAUUCUUGGCUCAGGGUUUGCAUUAAAAGUACAGGAACAGCACCGUCAGAAACACUUUGAGAAAAGAAGGAAUCCAGCUGCCAGCCUAAUUCAGUGUGUAUGGCGUAGUUAUGCAGCUGAUGAGAAAUCAGUUUCCAUUGCUACCUGGAAGCCUCAUUUGAAGGCCUUGCAUACCUGCAGUCCUACCAAGAAAGACCAAGGGGAAACAUCCAGCAGUAAGCUCUGUAGUAAUAAACAGAAGCUCUUCAAGAUGUACACCUCUCGGAAACAUAGCCAGAAGCUAAGUUUUAAAGAACGGGUGCGAAUGGCUAGCCCAAGAGGUCAGAGUAUCAAGAGCAGACAAGCAUCAGUGGGAGACCGCCGAUCUCCAAGCACGGACAUCACAGCUGAGAGUAGCCCAACCAAAGUGCAGAAAAGCUGGAGUUUCAAUGACCGAACUCGCUUCCGACCUUCCCUACGUCUCAAAAGUUCUCAGCCAAAGCCAGUAAUAGAUGCUGACACUGCUCUUGGAACAGAUGAUGUAUAUGAUGAGAAAGGAUGUCAAUGUGAUGUUUCGGUAGAAGACCUUACACCACCACUGAAAACUGUCAUUAGGGCCAUCAGAAUUAUGAAGUUUCAUGUUGCAAAAAGGAAGUUUAAGGAGACAUUACGUCCCUAUGAUGUGAAAGAUGUCAUUGAACAAUAUUCUGCUGGACAUCUGGAUAUGCUCUGUAGAAUCAAGAGUCUUCAAACACGCGUUGAUCAAAUUCUUGGAAAAGGGCAAAUUACAUCAGAUAAGAAGAGCCGAGAGAAAAACACUGCAGAGCUAGAAACUGCGGAUGACCUCAGCAUGCUAGGUCGUGUGGUCAAGGUUGAGAAACAGGUACAGUCUAUAGAAUCAAAACUGGACUGCCUCUUGGACAUAUAUCAACAGGUCCUAAGGAAAGGCUCUGCAUCAGCCCUGACUUUGGCUUCAUUUCAAAUUCCACCGUUUGAAUGUGAACAAACAUCCGAUUAUCAAAGUCCUGUGGACAGCAAAGACCUGUCCAGUUCCGCACAAAACAGUGGCUGCUUAUCCAGGUCGGCCAGUGCCAAUAUCUCCCGAGGCCUGCAGUUUAUACUUACACCAAAUGAGUUCAGCACUCAGACUUUCUAUGCUCUCAGCCCAACUAUGCAUAGCCAAGCAACACCGGUGCCAAUGAGUCAAAGUGACGGACCGGCAAUGGUGGUCACCAACAACAUUACAAACCAAAUACACCAGGUGACCAAGCCAGUGGCCCCCACCACCUUACAGAUCCCCCCUCUCCCAGCCAUCAAACAUAUCCCCAAACCUGAGCCCAUACAGAUAAGCCCUGCCACCAUGCAGGAGAGUAUCUCCGACGUCACUGCCUGCCUCGUUGCCUCAAAGGAAAGCGUUCCAUCUAUACAGUCCAACCCAACCAAGGAUCGUUCCCUGAGAAAAAGCUUUGACAUGGGAGGAGAGACCCUGCUGUCUGUUCGCCCUCCAGUACAAAAAGAUUUGGGCAAAUCAUUAUCUGUACAAAACCUAAUCAGAUCGACGGAGGAACUGAAUGUGCAGCUUUCAGGUAGUGACUCGGGGGGCUCCAGAGGCAGCCAAGAGUUUUAUCCCAAAUGGAGAGAAUCCACUUUAUUUAUAACUGAUGAAGAAGUGGGCCUAGAAGAGACAGAAACUGAGACUUUGGAUAGCAUUUCUCAGCCUGCCAAGGAAACAGCUUUCCCUUCUGACUCUCUAAGGACUGGAAUGUCAAGAUCAUCUCAAAACAUUUGUAAGGCAGGGGAAAGUCCAGAUGUACUCAGCUUGCCUCACGUCAAACUUAAAUAAUUUCUUGAUUUUCUUUCUAGGCUUAGCACUUCCUUUAGCCAUACAUAUCAUUGCAUGAACUAUGUUGAAAGCCCUUUUUAAAAGAUAAAAUAAUGAGAAUCAGGAAGAAUAAGAAAGGCAGUUUAAGAGCCCAUUAUCUUCUAAUUGCAUGAAAAUGCAUGUUUCAGAGAUGGCUGAAAUUCCAAGGUACACCAACAUUAACCCAUUCAUUUAAUAAUAAGGUACCAGAGGUUAAAAUCCUGAAGGAAAAAAAAAAUCUUACACAGCUAAUGCUAUGGGCUAGAUUAAAAAAAAAAAAAGCUAAUAUUUGAACAUUUACAAAAACUGAUACUGUAUUUUGAAAGUAUGAAAGUAAACAUCUUCAAAUUUAAAGCACUUUUGCUUUAUGGUUAAAUACAAAAAUAUUAUUUUCCAAACUGGGCCAUUGUCUAUGUUUAUAGACAUAUAAACUCCUGAGGCUGACAAGAAAAGCAUAUAUCAGAUUAGAAAUAGCUCCCAUCACAAGAUAGACAUGUUGCCGUUCCAAGGCCAUCAUUUAUCUUUUAAUGUAGUUUAGAAUGUUGAUUUCUGUAAUUUUGGGGUGACUUAGUGUUGGAGUAAAUGAGUUUACACACCAUUUUCAGAUAGUUUUUUGCACUAAGAACAUUCUUUUUCUAUGAAAUGUGCAAAUGAAGAGGUUCAAAGUCAAUAGCAAAAGCAAACAAACUAGCCCAGUGAAGGGGAAUAUCAGGUAUAGAAAAAGAUCUUCCGUGAUAAUCAAAUCAAUGAUGGCCAACUAAAAUGGGAAAUGAUUGAUUCUAGGCUUGGAAUUGUAGCAACAAUUGACUUCUGCACAACCAACUCAUUCAACCAAGACUGUCCAGGAAGAUGGCCAAAGUUAACUGGUCUGACUGCUGCAUGGUCCACUUAUUCCAGUCAUGGAGGCACAGCCUUCAAUCUUGUCAUGUCAAUGCUGCUUUUAAACUCUUCUAAGACUAAUGUGUUUUAACAAUAAAGCCCUCUCAGGAAAGGGGGUAUAAUGUUAUUGUUCCCUAUCUCUGAAGGGAGCUGUUACUUUCCCAUAAAGCUGACAGUGUAGAACAUACAAGACAGAUGGAGAAUUUAGAUGGGCCUGAAGUAAGAUAAAAGGUGAAUGAAAUAAAAGGAAAUAAUCAGGAAAUAUAAAAUCAAUGGCUUACUCCCAGGGGGGGGGAAGAGGCCCAAAGGAAGAAGUGAGCAAAACAAAACAAACCAAUGAAAAAUAUAUAAUAGGAGCAGAUCAAAAGAUGAAAGAGCAGUGUUAUUUGAGAAUUCUUAUAUUUCCCCAAUAUUUAAUAGAUUCAACAUGCAAAUUCCCCCUCCCUUAUCUUUUUUUAGGUGGGAAGGGAGGUCUCCCUGUUUUACCCAAACUAGAAAUGCAAUGGUCAUUAAAAGAUCCAAUCUCAAUACUUAUCAACACAGAAGAUUUAACCUACUCUACUUUUCCAGCAUGAUUUGGUUUGCCCAGCCUUAGGCAGAUUUGUGGGCCCCCAUUAUUAGGAGUCCACCAUAUUAGUGCCUGACAUAGUCGGAACACCAGAAUAGCUUAAUGCAGUAAUCCACCAGCCUCAGUCUUCCCAACUUCAAGAAUUAUAGGUAUGCACCACCCACUUUGAGCUGAAAUAAUUUUUUUUUCAUAUUAAAAAAAAGCUAAAAUUAUUUGGAAGCAUCUUCAUUGCUGAAUGUUACUAAUGGCCUCUCUUCAAUGCCAGAGUAAUCUGCUCCAAUGUGAGCAUAUUCUCUAUAUAAAUAUCUAAAUGCAAGGUGCCUCCAUAUUUUAUACACUUAAAGAAAGGUUUGUGUACCAUACAAGAAUGUCAUUCUUGGGGCAGCUAGAUGGCACAGUGGAUAGAGCAGUCAGGAGAACCCGAGUUCAAAUCUGACCUAUGACACUUAACACUUCCUAGUUAGGUGACCCUAGGCAAGUCACUUAACUUCAAUUGCCUUACCAAAAAAAAAAAAAAAAAAAAACAUCAAGAAUGCCCCUCUUAACCUGGGAGCUUCUAUCCUCUGUUCUGAAAAUUCAGUCAGAAAUCUGCCAAGAUUAGAAGGGACAGAGAAUCAAAAUGCAUAAUGCAACAGAAACCAGGCAGAAUAAUACAGAAACCAGGCAGAAUAAUGCAACAGAAACCAAGCAGAAAGUCUAAAGAGAAAAUAAAGAUGAAAAAGCCACUUUAUCCGAGUAAAAGCAGCCCUUUGUCAGUCCCAGAGAGUAAGCACUGAUUGCUGUGGGAAACCAGUGUAGUAAGUUGCCCAAAGUAGCUGGAGGAAUUCUAGACUAUCUGUCCCUUCAAGGUACCAUAUCACAGCUAAAUUUAAAGGGCAAAGAAAAAGGGGUAUUGCUAACAACAUUCUAAUAUGCUUCCAAAGACAGCUGGACUAAAUUUACUUUCAAUCACACAUGCACUCAGAAACAGGUUGUGCUUUUGUCUAUUUGUAUAGUCAAAUCUAUUAAUGAAUGCUUCCCUGUAACAUUUAUUGUAUAUUGCAGCCAUAGCCUCAGAUUAGCAGUGAAAGAAUGGCCAGAGGAACAUGUCCUCAGUCUGUGUCUAAGAUUUUUUUUUCCAUAAAAUUUCUUAAAUCCCAUAUAACCAUCUUCUUCAACAUGUGGGUUUCACAGAUACUAGCAAGUAAGCUUUCUUAUCUAACUCCUUCAUCUCUUUCUCUCACUUGGAGCUAUUUUAUUUUUCAAUUUCAAGAGCUGUUCACAGACCUCCUAUCCCUAUUUCACUUCUGAAUCCCCCAUUUAGCCUUAGCCAGGCUCCAACCAAGUCAGACCUCUGCCCUACCUUAAGCCUCACAUAUUCCAUGCACUUAGUGGGCUCUCAAUAUUAAUGGAUAUAUUAAUAAAUAAGCAAUUAACAAAUAUUAAUGAAUAGGAAGGAAAAAAGGAGACACAACUUUCAGGUAGCACUGGUUCCUGGACCACUUGUGCUGGAUCAAACCCCCACUGGCAGCAAGAAUUCUGAAUGUAUGGGGACACCUACCAAGGCCGCGGGUUUGGCACAAUUUAACCAUAGGAGUAUAUAGCAUCCAAACCAGAUGUGCCGGCACAUCUGGUCUAUAAUCUAUACACGCCUAUGAGUUUAGCCCUUAGGCCAGACCUGGUUAGAAAUUAAAAUCAUUUUUAAAAAAGGAAAAGAAAAAUCACCUGUCCCAGCAGUUUUAAUCAUGGCUAAACUCUGUAAACUGUAUUGUGAAGAACUUGAACUGUUUACUUUGAAUAUGUGAUCACCGCUGCCUCCAUCUUUCUUUUUACAUAAGAAUUAUUGAAUACUAUAUGAUAAACUUAUUAUGUGAAAGUACAUGCAUCCUGUAGGACUAUAUAUAAUGUAUUGUAAUAUGGAUCCUAUGAGAUAUGGGUGAUGGUCCCAGAUUCAUACUGGGUCAAAUUACGGUUGGGAAAUUCCACAGGGUGUCUUGAAGCACAAUUAGCCAAGCACUGAGUAACCAUUUAACUUUUUCUAAAUUUGAAUUUUCCUACUUUCUUCGAUAUGUUCAUCUGGACAUGAUAAUAUCUGAUCACAAACACCACUUUUGUGUAAUCAACCAAGGUUUUCAAACAUUUCAGAUGUCUCAUCAGAAUACUACACUUCUGUCCAUCUGAACUAAUUGACAGAUUUCAAAUAUUGUUCAAACAAACUUUAUCAAAAUUUUGAGGCUUUGUUUUUGCUUGUGUUUUACGGUGCCUUCCUCGUUUCCCUUUGGUUCCCGCAGAGGUCAGAGAGUUCUAAAUCUGUAGAUAGGAAGAGGUAAUGGAAAAGACAAACUUGGGCCUAGAAAACCCAAGUUAGUGAGGAAGAAGUAUGAAUUAUGAUGAGAAUUGGGCAGAGUGCAGCUAAACUAAUGAGUUUACCCUUAGGCUUUCCUUUCAUUUAACAGGAACAAGAAAGGGUCAUUCACAUUAAAUUAUCUCACAAAAGUUGGUAUUUUCGCCUUAAAUAACAUGCUUGUGUUCUCUUAAGAGUAACUUAAUUUAUUUAAUAUAAUUGUGUGCACUUCAAUGAGCAUUUCUAAAAUUCAUGUAUGACAAUGGAAUUAAUUGUCUUUUUCUCAAGAACAAAUAAAUCAGGAAUAUCACAAUGGA